GCUUUUGUCUUGUGUACUGAGCUGUAGCUAGUACUGAAAAUAUUAAACGUUCAGACUGCAGGUUUCCAUUUAAAUUGUACCAUUGAACUCUACUUUUUUAUUUCUUUUUUUUCCUUUUAAGAGUUUGGAUUGUCAAGAAUUCAUGAUGAUGAGCCCUUUUUUUCCUCUUUUAUUUGUCUCUGUUCUGUGUAUGAACAGUUUCUCAGGAGUGCAGGGAAGGAAAUGGAAAGGUGAAGGUACUACUCAAAACCUGGAAAGUAUUGUCAUUGGAAGAUGCUAUGAUUAUAUUAGAAUUGUGAAUCCUGCUGUUGGUGAGAAGAAUUGUACACAAAUAUGGGAAGCAUUUAAAAAUGCAUUUAUUAACAAGGAUCCUUGCAGCAUUCUACCUAAGGAUUAUGAAUUAUUUAUCAACCUCACAUUUCACACGAUUCCACCUAACAAGUCUCUUUUCUGGGAAAAUAAUCAGCUACUAGUCAGUAGCUUUGCUGACAGAGGACGUCGCUACAUGCCUCUGGCUGAUACUCUGUUUGGCUUUGUUGGAGAUCUUCUGAACUGGUGUGGGCAGGCAGACAGCCCUGGCCUGGACUAUGAAUCCUGCCCUACCAUGAUGGAAUGUGAAAACAACGCAGUGGAUUCUUUCUGGAGGAUGACCUCAAUCAUUUAUGCACAGCACAGCUCUGGGGUGAUACAGGUCUUGCUGAAUGGUUCUGCAGAGGGAGGAGCUUAUCCACAGACAGGUUUUUUUGCAGAUUAUGAAAUACCUAAUCUCCAGAAAGACAAAAUCUCACAAGUUGUCAUUUGGGUUGUGGAUGAUAUUGAAGGACCAGAUCUAGAUUCCUGUGGAACUAAUAGUGUAAAGACAUUAGAAAACAGGCUGAAAACUCUUGGUUUUGAUGUCACUUGCAGUGACAAUUACAAGUCUGUAAUGUUCUUACUCUGCUUGGAUAAUCCUGAUGAUUCUAAGUGUGCCCUUGCAUCAUCUGCACCGGCAGCACAAAGAGGACCUAUAUCUUCAGACAGAGGAGGCAGCUGGAACAAGCUUAUGUUUGUUUCUUUUGCAGGCUUUUUGUUCAGAUUUGCUUUAGUGUACUGAGUUAAUCAACUGAAUCCAUUUCCUCCGUUUGACUUAGAUGGCUAUAAAUUUGGCUUCAGCUGAUUUCUAACAGCAAUUUCAUCCUACUUCUGCGACUGGAAAAUCUGCCAUAUUAAAACCUUGCAUACUAAAUAUUGGCUUGUUUUACUAUCAGAAAUUAUCCUAUUGCUACUAGAAAGCCUUGCCCUUCAUUUUCUUUUUCUAGAAGAAGUUCAUUGCUAUUUCCUAUUAUCUUUAUUCUCCAGAAUUAAACCGAGAAUAAUACUUCCUGUUCACAUAUUUCAGAAAGAAAAAUGAUAUUAUGCAUACAUCACCCACAGAGAUUACUUGUUUGUAAAACCAUCCUAGCAUAUGACCUUGGAAACUAAGUGACUGAUUAUCAUGUUUUGGGAAGGCAAAACAUAAAUUCAAGUGGGAGAGAUCUUAGAUUGCUCACUUGAUACAAGAUGCGAUAGGUAAGACAGUAGAAAAGUAAAUUAAUUUUCAUAAGUGGUCCAGUACUUGGGCCCAAAUUAAAAAUUAGGGUACAUCAAGACUCUGGGUGCAUACUUGCAUACAGUAUUUUACCACAUAAUGGCAAUUGCUUCAUCAUCUGCACAGCUGUUCCCCAGAUGUCUGUUUCCUGGCCACUGGAUAGCAAAUAGUCAGAAAUACCAGGUCUAGAAAGUUCCACAGUUUUUCUACCACAAUGUGAUUUAUGGUAUAUCAAAUUCAGAUAAAGAACCUGCCAAGUCAGACACUGGCCUGCUGGCAGUGAACUCGGAUACGGGGUUCAGAACACACUGAGGAGAGAGCAGAUGCCAUCCUGAAGGUUUCUUGGGUUACUUGUGUGAAUUCCAGUGCUUCAGCUAGAGGCUCCUCUAAACCACCAGGACAUCCAGCUACCAAUAAAUCUUCAGAAAAAAAUAGUCAUUAUACAGAGAAUAAUUGUAUGUAGAUAUCUUUUAGCUUCUGUACUAUUUAUUUGUGUUUGUAUUGACUGGUUGCCAGGAAACUUGGAGAGGAUGUUCCUGUUAUCUCAAUGAAUCCGAUUUAAGGGUCCAUAAUAGAUUUACAUCCUUUCAAUCCCUGAUGCAACUGUAGCAUGUAUGUUUGAAAGAUAAAAUAUUUAAAAUAUGUUGUAGUUGCUUAUUUGUCUUGCUUCCCUGCCUGUAAUAAUCUUUAAUUUGGUUUUAAUGCAAAUCUUUUUACAUUGCACACAUAUUUGGGUUUGCCUACGUGACAGGUGGGUUUAGGCUCCAGCUUGAAGGAUUUUUGUAUCUGUUUCAGACACAAAAAAGUACUGAAAAUACAAAAGUACUGAAAUCAGAAGUUACAGACCUUUAAAAAUCUGGGUUGUAUUAUGCCUCAAAAUUGUUCCCUAUCUGUGCUGUAAUUAUAGUUUUUGAUUAGUUCCUUGAACAUCCUCUUCAUUUUUAAUUGUUUUAUUUUUUCAUUUUUUAUUUACAACAGCCACCAGAGUAGUAAGAAAGGUAUCUGUAACACCUCAUAGCUAAAGGUGUCUGAGUCACAUCUCAGAUAGCUAAAGCCAAGCAAUUUUGAUCAAUCUUCUAUUUGCCCACAGCAGAUCAUAUCAUGACACAUUUUGGGCCACAGGCUGUAGAGACUGUGUGUGUGAGGCUCCCAGGUGUCCCAGCCAGCAUCAGGGCUGGUGUGUCCUACCUACCAACCUGUGUGUGAGAUCCAGAGAACAGCUUAAUGCCAUUAACCACCCAUGUGCCUCUUAGGCAACUUCCAGCCACAAGCCAAGCAUCCCAGCUGGCCAACUUUUGCUUUCCAGCUUAUGAAAGCUUUCCAGCCUCUGCAUGUGAUUGACUCCAGCAGCACAGUCAGUGCUGGCAGUUACACAUGGUACCAAACACUGUAGAAAGUGUUAAAUAAUUCUGUUUUGGAAAAAAAAAAUAUAAAGUAGGAUAGCUACAGUUUAAACAAUUGAGAUUUUUUUUUAAUGCAUAACCUUAUGUCAAAAACAACACACUCAGAACCUCUUGCAGUGUUUUCUUCUUUCUAAUGUUCUUUCCUUUUUUUCCCAUUACUUCAACUCAGUAGCAAAGACAGCAAUUUUUUUUCUAAUACCUGUUCAAUAAAGUGUCUCAAACUUGCUUUAAAAACUUGGGAAUAUCGUAAAGAUUUUUAGCUAACCAAAAUAUAUAGCUAGUAAAAAAAAAGCAACAAGGCAAAGUUCUAGAUGCAUAGGUUUCCUGAGAUUUUUUGAGGCAGCAAAUUUCAAGCUGAGAGUGAAUAAUUUGUUCUGAGUUUAACAUAAUGGUUUUAAUCUGUGUAAAAGAACAGUGUGACUCAGAAGGUGAGGGGCAGAAGUGUCAGCAAAGCAAGAAGUAAUAAGGUCAUUUGUUACUCCCAGAGGGAGGGAGGACAUGAACAUGACUUUUUAUUUAUUUCUACAUCUAUAAAGAUGUGAAUAGUACUAUUUACAGAUAUAUGUUACACCUUAGUGGUGACUGUCAGCCAGGUGAGCCUGUGCUAUGUCUUGAACACUCAGGAAAUGCUCUAAUUAGCACUACCUUAUGUAAGAGCUGCGCCAAAUGUGGAGAAAUCAUACUGUCCAAAAGGCAUUUGCCCUGUUCCUUAAACUCAUUCAGUCCUGGGGAAGUUCACAAAUAUAGAUUCAAAAUGUUUCAACCAUUCAUAUUUGUACUAGCAGUACUAAAAAAACCAGCUGUCUCCAGAUGUGAAUUUGAGGGAGAAAAUGUUUCAGAUUAAAACAAUAUAUAUAUCACUUAAUUUUGAGUCCUGUUGGAUGCCAAAAUCCUGUGUAAAUCUAUUAGCAUCCAACUACUUAUGACAAAUGAAAACAUGGUGUGCAGGAGCAUUACAAGGUUUUCUGCAUUUCUGCAGACAGACCUGUGGAAGCUACUGAGACUAAGGCAGUAUUUCCUGCUGUGCCCAUUUUGUGGACCAUGUAAGAACUCAGUUAUCUCACAUUCUUCAUUGCUGUAUAGAAGUUAAUAUAAUCUCCCCUCCUACUAACCUACUUUUUCUUUUUGCUACAUAAAUUUCAGUCAUUGUAUCUGAAGAAGCUGAACUCUAAUUCAGAGUAGUUCCUUUUUCCAGCAUGUAUGUGCAUGUACACAUAUACAUCUGCUCACACCUGCUCUGCCUAUUUUUAAAUGCAAAGUCCUGAGUACUCUGGAGCAAAAAGUUAUGAGAAUAAAGCAAAGACAACUUGA